AUGGAAAAAGCGAAAAGAAGAAAUGAAAAGAAAAGAAUGAAAACAGCGAAAAGAAACAAAAGGGAAGAACGAAAAGAAAGAAGAGGGAAAGAAAAGAAAAAAGGGAAAACGAAAGAAAAAAAAAAGGAAAAAAUCAAAGGAAAACAAAGAGAAAAGAAUGAAAACAACGAAAAGAAACAAAAGGGAAAAGCGAAAAGAAAGAAGAAGGGGAAAAGAAAAGAAAAGAAGGGAAAACGAAAGAAAAAAAAGGAAAAAAUCAAAGGAAAACAAAGAGAAAAGAAUGAAACAACGAAAAGAAACAAAAGGGAAGAGCGAAAAGAAAGAAGAGGGAAAGGAAAAGAAAAAAGGGGAAAACGAAAGAAAAAAAAAGAAAGAAAUUAA